AAGAAAUAAAAAAAUAAAAACAAAAAAAAAUAAAAGAAAAAAAAAUAGGUUAAGAAAUUACUUGUCAGCAGCGAAUCAGGCUAAAAGUUACUUGAUAAUCCCUCGACAGAGUCUGCUGGAGUAAUCGUUGGCUACUUUGAUUCUAUUACGAUAACAAGUCCAUUAUCUGUCAUUGUGCCUUCUCCAGCACAAGCGAGAAACAAAAUGUCCGACUCCCAGGAAGCCUUCCUCAUUGCGCCCGAGGUGGACGAAAACCUUAGCCCCGAGGAACGUCUCAAGGUCGAUCGCACAUUCGAGAAGGAAAUUACUCGCUUGCAGCGCCAAUAUCUGAACAUAGCCAAUUCAACUGCCGCUUCCAAAGAUGUUCAGAUUAUGCGAUGUCUGGAGAAGAAGCUCAAAUACUUGCAACGGGAAAAGACGGAACUCAAAACCAAGCUUAAGGUUGCGUACGCUCCCUGUCACGUUCGACGAUACGAUCGGCAGGUUCAACUGGUGGAAGCCCACGUUCGCGUGCAGGAUGAUCUGGACUUGAAAAUGAACGGCCUUCGAACGGAGAUUCGUCACCUGGAAUCGCAAAUGAAGCGGCUCGAUAAGGAGAGGAAGGAGCUUCAGAAGGUUUCGCAGUCGGAUUACUUCUUCUACAAUCGGGUUACGAAAGCUAAGAAACGACUAGCGACGUUGGAAGAUCGAUUGUAUCACCUGAAGAAGCGGGAAGCUACGAAUAUCACCAAGAACCACAAACUGAAAAGCGUGAUUAAGGAUAUGUUGGUGGAUAGGAAGCUAUUUCACCAGCAUUGGAGAAGGAUGAUAGACACUUUGGGGUACGAUAAGAAGUUUUUGAUCGAUAUGAUUGAAAGGACGAUACUGGCGUUCAACCAGGGGGAGGAGCUGUGCCACAAAAUUGACGCCGUCAAGAAUCACGCUGCAAGAGAAGAGAAGUCUCAACGACAGGAAAUGAUGGAGCUACAACGAAGAAUCAAUAACGACCAAAAGAAUCAUGAGUUUUUGCGGGUGAAGGGCUUCCAUCGGGAUAUGUGCGAUUUGGAUCCAAGAGAGGUUCGCCGAAGAAAUAUGAUGAAAGACGAUUACGGAAGGAAGCUUGAACUGUACCAAAAAAUCAUCGAAAAGACAAAACUGUUCUGUGGAGUUGAAGAUAUCUCGCAUUUGAUUGAGAAGUAUCAAAAACAGGAAGACACGUUUUUCGCUCAUUUCAAUUACCUGAACGAAUUGAAUCACCAGUAUGAACAGCUGAACUGUAUCCUCAUGGAUUUGUACACAAGUGUGAAUGACUUGAAGGAACAGAAGCUUAGAAAAGAAGUAAGCCAAGAUCAUGCUUUCAAGCAGCUGCACGAAAAGCUACUAAAGGAGACAGAGAAAACUCAAAAACUGCAGUCAACGGUGAAAUCAAACGAUUCGGAGCUCCUUGAGCAAUUUGAAGAAAUUGACGAAAUUUUGUUGGAUGUCGGGUAUGAUCGAUCGGACGUGAAAAACCUCCUAGGUGAGCAUCGGAAAGUGACCAAACACAACGUGAAACGAUUCCUAGCGGCACUGGAAAUCAAACUGAACGAGCGUCUGGCGGUAGUCUACACUCAUCUACAACCCGAGGAAGAACCAGCUCUGAGGCGACCUGUUGCUCGCAGCUCGCAGGAAAUUAUUCGCAUCGAAGAAGUUGUAACUACUCAACAAUGUGCGGAAUGUGCCGAGGGACAGGACGUCAAUAAGUACGAUGAGGCCAUUGUGCUCCCGAAGGAGAUGUCUGAAAUCCGGGAGGGAAUGAAAGCAAAGGUUAAAGCCCCGGAUAUGCAGUACCGGUUGCAUAAUUUAAGCAAGUGCAAGCUUCCUCGGUCGCGGAUUCUGGUCAAUAAGAGAUACCAAUGAAAACCAUCUAAAUUUAAAUCGUUGUGACAAUAAAUUUUUAGUCAUUUCAUCCAUGGGGAUGCAUUAA